AUGUCCACCCAUCUUCAGUGGAUGGUUGUUUGGAACUGCUCCAGUUUCUUGAUCAAGAGGAAUAAGCAGACAGACAGCACAGAGCCCAAUAAUCUGAAGGCUUGAAACUCCUUCUGCUACAACGUAAUUCACCACAAGACCAUCGGAGCGGAGCCCGCGGCUGAUGCCAAAGGGGCCGUGGUGGUUAUGAAACGCAGAUCCGGUCAGCGAAAACCUGCCACUUCCUCCAUGAGGACCACCAGCAACAAGAAUGCUCCGGCAACCCUCAGCAGCAGGCACGUGAUCCAGAAGGACAAAUACUGCCCUGAUCUGCGUAUGGCGGCCAUCCGCAGGGCCGGUGGCAUCCUUCGAGGCCAGAAGCCUGUGGUGGUGAAGAGGAAAUGGAUCUGCCUCACCAAGAGCUCCUGA